CUAUCAUGCCUCAUGGACGAGGAAGAUGUAUUGGACUUGGGCUGUCAGGUUCUGCCGUGGAUCAGCAACCAAGUCAUUCUCAUAGGGCAACAGACGCGUAAUAACGCUUACGGCACGUUGGGAUGCGAGCUGUUUGUUCUAUCUCAGCAAAUCCCAGCUAUCAGCGAGACAACCCUUGCGCGACAAAGAUUGUUGAAGAUAUUCAAGAUUGUAGAUAAAGCGUGCUCAACGUCGCGGAAUGAAGCUGAUCGCUUUCAGGCUCUGGGCAGAAUCCGCAGUUAUAAAGAUUCAACGAGCAAUAUUAGACAGACUGUGAUCAGAGAGACACAGGAAAGCCUGACACAUUUUGUCCGACACAGCCCAGAAUACAAUGCUCUCUUGCGAUUGAUUUCCGACUGUUUCACGGUGGACGAGACGGAGCCGGUAUAUGCGGAGGAAUGUCAGGACGAUAACGACAUCGGAUACUCGGGAUACCUGAACCAAGUCCUCUACACUCAGUUACAGACCUACGCGAAAUGUGGCUGCCGCACUGUUCACUUGGAAUCGACUCGACUGCGACUGAGUACUGACAAUCACAUCUGUGACGACGAUGUUUCCUUUGAGCUCGCCUUCAAGGCCCGCCCUUUCCCACCUACGAACACUCCAUCAUUCGUGCAGUGGAAGGCGUCGAUUGUGAAAGUCCCAAGACAGACUAAUGUCCAGAAGAGCAAGAAGAAGGUUGGGUUCGCAUCCACAUAUGGUAGUUUAUUAUCAUCGAAUCGCAAUAGCUCGCUCUUAUCCCAGAGAUUGAGACGGCUAGAGCGGGGGGAAUUCUGCAAGUUGAUCGACAAUCGCCUUGGCAGGCCCGUUCAGUUUUGUAUUCAAUCAAACGUGCUGCAAGUGAUCGAACCACCUGAUCCUAAGCCCCCCCGUGGCAUUCGCCCCUUUGAAGGACUUUCACUAGGGAAAUGGCUUGGACAAAUACCUCAUCUCUCGAAUAAGGGAAAGUCUCACCUAGCCUACACCGUUGCCAAGUCCGUCUGGCAGUAUUACAAUUCACCGUGGAUGAUGGUGCCCUGGACUCACGAGAGCAUUCAACUGCUAAUUGAAGAAACUGGCCUGGCAGAUCAGGGAAAACCACAUCCAUAUCUGACAGCAAACAUGGCCCGAGCGGUGGUUACUUCUACGGACUGCUAUAAUGCCGAUAAUCUCAUGCACCAAUAUCCAUACAUUUUAGCAUUAGGGGUUCUUCUUAUCGAAAUUGCCAUCAAGCAGCCCUUGACAAGUGAAGAGUGCCCUCAUCCCUUCAGUAAAUCUGUGGUUAACGACUACUAUACAUGGGCGUGGACAACGGCACACAGAAGCAAAUUGAAGGACAUGGUGCAUUAUAUGUACGAGGAGGCCGUUAAUAACUGUCUCAACCCUGAGCUAUUUGGUGGCGACUCGAUACAACAGUACGGAGAUACGCAGCAGGUACUGGCCCGACAGAAUGUGUUAUACGAGAAGAUUGUUUUGCCAUUGAAGAGAUUGUCUGAAGCCUAUCAAGAUGACUGGGGUAUCCAGACCGCUCCUACCGCAAAAACGCUGGGGACAGUCGCUCACCAUGUCAUUUCAGAGACUUUCAUUGCCUCACAGUUCCCCCAUAAAGCAGAUUUUACGGUCGCAAUAUUCUGUGCUUUGCCGCUAGAGGUUAAUGCUGUCAGUGCUCUGUUUGAUGACAGAUUUGAGGACUUCAGCCUGUAUCAAAAUUCACCGGGAGACUCGAACACGUACACACUCGGUCGAAUGGGUCGCCAUAACACCGCAUUGGUACAUCUUCCGGGAAUGGGAAAAAGUGUUGCGUCUCAAGCAUCCUCUUCAAUACGGUCAACCUAUCCGAACAUAAAGCUCGCCCUGGUGGUCGGAAUCUGUGGCGGUGUUCCAUAUGGAAAGGGGAGCAAGGAGAUCCUCCUCGGAGAUGUAGUAGUCAGUGAUGGGAUUAUCCAGCAUGAUUUCGGGCGAAGGAUUCCUGGGGCAUUUCUGCCUAAAGCAUCGGUUGCCGAUGGACUGGGGCGGCCCAACGUCGCUAUAAGAGGUUUCCUUUCGAAGGUAAAGACGACCUGGGUACAACGGCAUGUUUCGAACAGAAUGACGGAAUAUAUGGGAGCUAUAAAUAAGAUGCUUGGCAAUGACACUGCUCGAUAUCCAGGAGUGGAACAAGACGAACUCUACGAGCCCAGCUAUCAGCAUAAACACCGUAGCAGCACCAGCUGCAUCAGAUGCGCAGACUCGACCAACACUACGGUCUGUAGCGAGGUGUUUGAUCUAUCAUGUCAUGAAUUGGGAUGUGGGAAAGAUAACCUUGUCAAACGGAAGCGUCUUCAGGCUGCACUUACACAGGGGCAUACUCCUUCUCCGGCAAUCCACCUAGGUCUCAUUGCUUCGGGGGAUACUGUUAUGAAGUCUGGACAAGACAGGGACCUCAUCGCUGAGCGUCAUAAUGUGAUAGCGUUCGAAAUGGAGGGUGCAGGGGUCUGGGAUAGUCUGCCCUGUCUAGUGGUGAAGGGUGUUUGUGACUAUGCCGACAGCCAUAAGAAUAAAAUCCAAGCAGAAUCCAGCGCAAUGGUCCUCCGCCAGGAAAGCAAUCCGCUCACUCUAGAAUUCGACGCUCUCGUCGACAAAUUGCUUGAAGAAUGGCACAUUCCAGGCCUGACCGUAUCGGUUGUGCACGGUUCCAGCACCUACGCAAAGGCCUACGGUUACGCCUCCUUUCCUUCCACACCCAUGACCACCACCUCUCUCUUCACAACCUGCAGCACAACCAAAGCCUUCACCGCCGACGCAAUGUCUUUAGCAAUUGACGAUAGCCAGUCCACUCCGCACCCAAUAUCCUGGUCUACGCCCGUCUCUUCCAUCAUCCGUGACGACUUUGUUCUUUCUACUCCUUCUGCGACCACCAACACUACGAUUGAAGACAUCUUAUCGCAUCGGAGUGGGCUCCCAGGCCACUUCUUUUCCAUCAACCUCGCUUUUCCGAAUGAGACUUUGCGCACUGAGGUCCGCAGGCUUCGAUGGCUACCACUGGCCUUUCCGCCACGAACCACAUUCAACUACAACAAUCAUAUGUUCAUGGCUGCCACAUAUUUGUUGGAACACAUAAACGGGGAGAGCCUCGGAACGACACUCAAAAGAAGAAUCUGGGACCCACUCGACAUGAACGAUACAUACUUCUCCACUGCCGAAGUGCAAAAGCACCAGAACCUGUCAAAGAGACUAGUCAAGGGCUACACCUGGAACCCGGAAACACACACAUAUUACGAAGAGCAAUAUAUCAACUAUGCUCCAAUCACUGGAACUGGUUCAAUGGUUUCUAACGUAAUGGAUUACGCAAAGUGGCUGCGCGCUAUGCUUUACCAGGCACCGCCUAUCUCAAAGGAGGGGCACACAGCACUUCGUAUACCCAGAACAGUCAUUGCCGAGUCGGAUUGGAAAAAUAUGCUCGCUCCGCCGGGUGCAUAUCAUCUCUAUACCAUGGGGUGGUUUAUAGACUACUACCACGGAGAACAAUUAUACUGGCACACGGGUAGCUGGGUUGGAUUUGGGAUAAUGGUUGGAUUUUUGCCUGCGAAGGGCUUUGCGUUUGCUAUGAUGGGAAAUACCCAAAACGCUAGGAUUGCAGAGCUAGAUUUGUUCUUGUACCUCAUCGAUCAGCUGCUGGGGAAGAGCGGAGCCGAAAGAGAGACCCAUGUGAGGAAGCUAGGGGCGAAGCUUAAGGAGAUGGAACGGAUGUACAACGAGAGUGUCGAAUGUGUGGUAGCACGGUUGUAUCCGGACCUGAAAAUGAGGUUACCACAUUCAUUGUCGCUGGGAGCAUAUACAGGGACAUAUGCGCAUCCUGGAUACGGGGAGUUUGAGGUCUGUGAGAAGAGCGGCAAGUUGGUCGUUGAUUUGAGAGACCGUGUUGGGAGCUGCAGUAUGCGGUUCGAGCAUGUCAGUGGAGAAUUCUUCGUCGUCAAGUACUAUAAUCCUGAGGCCGAGGCUGUGGGACCAGACUAUACGAAGGCCGAGUUUUAUGUUGACGAGCAGGGAGUACCGAAGAGCCUAGGGUUGGAUCUGGAGUCCGUUUUGGGUGAGAAGAUCUGGUUUCGAAGGAUGGAGUAAGCUGUGAUAAUCAUAGCUGCUAGGAACAGUCGAUCUUCCUCGCCGUAUCCUUCAUACCGCGCAAGUAUAAGGAUUAGAACAUCAAUGACGUCAAUCUAGGACUAAAAUCCUUCUUAAAGCAGCAAACGAUAUUGAUAAUAUGUUAU